CUCAAAUAUAACAUAAUGCACACAAUCCCUUCCUCAUCUUGUUUUAUGGUGAGUAAAUUUCAUGGUAAAAUUAAUACAGAGGCAAUGACAAUUUUGGAACCCAUCUUUUCAUAUGCCCUCUGGAUUAUGCAUAAAUUCCAUUGCAAUUCAUCUUUAGUAAUAGUCCUCACUCUCCUCCUUCACCACUCUAUAAAUUCAUUUCCUACCUGCAACUUAACCUCUCUCUGUGUGUGUAGUUUAUCUCUAAUUAAAACAAUCAUAUUAUACUAUGGCUCUCAGAUGUGUUGUUUUCUUGCUAACAACCACAUGCUUCUUCCCGGCAAACGCGCAGCUCCCAGUACCACCCGGAUUCAACGUCACGGCCAGACUGAAGAGCAGUCGAGGAUCAGAUGACUACUGCUUGAACGCGCUCAUAGAGAUAAGAUCGUGCUCCAAUGAAAUUGUUCUCUACUUCGUUAACAGCCAAACUGAUAUCAGUCCGACCUGUUGUCAAGCCAUCCAAACGAUGAUCACCCAUCACUGCUGCUCAGAUAUGAUGACUUCCCUCGGUUUCACAGCCGAAGAAGGCCACAUACUAAAAGAAUACUGUGAUGAAUCAUCAUCCUCUGCUCCUGCUCCAAGCCCUUCUGCACAACCUGUGUCUAUGGCAAAUUUGAUGGAGAUGGUUUAGUAUGGGAUUGUUUGGUCCUCUAAUAUUUUUAGUCUCAUCAGUUUAGGUUAAAUUAUGUCUGUUCUGGAGUUUUUCACUAGUCUUUUUUAUUGUUUUUUUUUUUUUUUUUUUCCUAGUUGGAA